AAGAUAAGACUAAACUAAUCUGGUUAAGUACUGGUCGGGGCAAGUGUCCCAAGGACAUUCUUCUAGUUUGAAUGAGGUGUAUAAGAAAUCAAGAAGACCAUGAAUACUAUUCUUUAUCUGAGAACAGAACUCUUCAGAGAAUGCAUGCAGUUGAACACUUGAACAUUUACCAGUUCAACUGAAAAGGAGAAGACAUGGAAGUAUCUGCAGAGAGGAAUAGUCUCAUAUAAAUAUGUCUCAUUAUUAGCUGCUAUCAUCAAGUCCAAACUUCCAAAAGAAAAGGAAAUGAAACUGUUCUUGGCCCUCAUAUUUUGCUUCCAUUUCCUGCAUUAUCCACUCUCCUGCACUGCUAAAAGGGAGCUCCAAGUUGGGGUGAUUCUUGAUUCAGAUUCAUUGGUAGGAAGAAUAGGGAGUAGAUCCCUGUUAAUUGCGCUUUCUGAUUUCUACUCACUUCAUUCCAACUACUCAACCAGGCUGGCUCUCCAUUUUAGAGACUCAAAGGAACAGACUCUCAGAGCUGCGUCUUCUGGUCUGGAGUUGCUGAAAGAUGUGAAGGUUGAUGCAAUAAUUGGGCCUCAAAAAUCUGCAGAGGCAAAUUUUGUGGUGGAUCUUGGAGACAUAGCGAAAGUGCCAGUGAUCUCUUUCUCGGCAACCAGUCCCUCCCUUCGCCCACGCUCCCCUUACUUCGUUCAAACAGGCCUAAGUGAUGAUGCUCAGGCGGGUGCCAUUGCAGCCGUAGUGGAAUCCUUCAAGUGGAGUCAGGUUGUUCUUAUAUUUGAGGACUCGGAGUUUGGCCAUGGCAUUGUUCCUUCCUUGUCUAAUGCAUUCCAAGAAAUGAAUGUUCGCGUCUCCUACAAGAGCCAGAUUCCUGUCUCGGCUUCAUCUGAUUUUUUGCUCAAAGAACUGUACAAGAUGAUGACUUUGCAGACAAGGGUGUUUGUGGUGCAAACAAGCAUUAACCUUGGGGCCAGGCUGUUACUGAAAGCAAAGGAAAUUGGGAUGAUGAACGAGGGAUAUGCUUGGAUUAUUACACAAACACUAAUGGAUGUAAUGAAUUUCAUGGACUCGAACGUUGUGGAAGCAAUGCAAGGGGUCUUGGGGGUAAAGCCUUUGAUUCCUAGGACUAAAAGACUUCACUCAUUUGAAAUGAGGUUGAGAAGCAAAUUCCUCAAAGAUCCAGGCUUUAGACAGGCUGGUUUGAGUGUUUUCGGGCUGUGGGCAUAUGACACUUUAUGGGCAUUAGCUGAGGCUGCAGAGAAAGUAGGAAGAGGAAGAGAGGGUAAAGAAGUUCUAGACAAGAGAAGAAUUGCAGACAGUUCAUCAGAUCCAUUUUCUGUUGGAGUCUCAGAAUCAGGUCCCGAGCUUCUGCAAGCAAUACUGGGCACAAGAUUUGAAGGGAUUUCUGGGAAGUUUCAUCUCGCUGAUGGAAAGAGAGAAGCGUCGUCUUUUCAAAUACUUAAUGUGGUUGGAAAUGUGGAAAGAGAGGUGGCAAUCUGGACACCUUUACAAGGAAUCAAUUUGAAAACAAAUGGCACUAAUCUUUAUUCCUCAUCAAGAGAAAUCUUCAAGAGUACUGUCCUAUGGCCAGGUGGGUCAAGUGCUGUUCCCAGGGGAUGGGAAGUCCCAGUCGCAGGCAAGAAGCUAAGAAUUGGAGUGCCAGUGAAGUCUGGUUUUACAGACUUUGUGAGAGUGGAAAGGGACAAUGAACUCAACAAAACCCAAGUUAGCGGAUACUACAUUGAUGUCUUCAAUUCUGUCAUGUCAGAGCUGCAAUAUUCUGUUCGCUAUGAGUUCGUUCCCUUUGAGAAACCCAAUGGCUCGAGUGCAGGAACAUACAAUGAUCUAGUAUACCAAGUUUUCCUUCAGAACUUUGAUGCUGCAGUUGGGGAUAUAUCGAUCACAGCCAACCGUUCAAAGUAUGCAGAUUUCACAAUGCCCUUUUCAGAAGGAGGGGUGUUGGGAAUAGUCCCAAUAGCGUACGAGGAUGUGGACAAUAUAUGGACCUUUUUGAAGCCCCUAACCAAAGAACUUUGGCUAACCAGCAUAGUGUUCUUCAUUUUCACUGGGAUAGCUGUCUGGAUUCUUGAACAUAGGGUUAGCUCUGCUUUCCGAGGUCCUCCUUCUCAACACGUUGGCAUGAUCCUCUACUUUCCAUUCUCGACGCUAGUUUUUGCACAUAGAGAGAGAAUCAUGAGUAAUUUGGCCCGGCUUGUUGUGGUGGUUUGGAUGUUCGUCGUGCUCAUUCUGAACUCAACUUAUACAGCCAGCUUGUCGUCGAGAUUAACAGUGCAACGCCUUAAACCAGCCAUCAAAGAUGUGAACCAGCUGAUCAAGAAUGGGGACUUUGUUGGCUGCCCAGAAGGCUCCUUCAUUACAGACCUCUUGAAGGAAAAGGGAUUCGAAGAAUCCAAGAUCAAGACUUAUAAAUUCCCAGAGGAUUUCAAUAAUGCAUUGUCUAAUGGAAGUAGCAAUGGAGGGAUAUCAGCAUAUUUCGAUGGAGCUCCUUAUACCAAGCUCUUCCUAUCCAAAUACUGUGGCAAAUACACCAUUGGACCGACUUACAGAACCGAUGGAUUUGCUUUUGUUUUUCCUAGAGGGUCUCCACUAGUUGCAGAUGUAUCAAGGGCAGUGAUUGAGUUGACAGAAAAUGGAAGGAUUUUGGAGAUUGGGAAUCAAGGGCUCAGAAAUGAAGCAACUUGUGCAGGGCCAGACAGCACACAACUGGGAUCAACAAGUGUGAAAUUACAGUGUUUCAAAGGACUUUUUGCCAUUACUGGGGGCAUAACAGGCUCCUGCCUCCUAGUUUUCCUAGUCAGCUAUGUCUACCAGAACAGAACAUGUCUGCAGACAAUCUUGGAUUCUAGAACUACUGUUUCCUCAAAAUUUGUAGCAAUAUGCAGACAUUUUGAUCAAAGAGACACCUCUGCUGAUCCCAAAGAGAAAAUCCCAGAUGCAGAAGGUGGUGAAGUUGGUUUUUCAUCACAUAUAAGUGAAGUGCCUGACCUCUCAAGAAUUUCUUCUCAUUCAAGUGCUGUGGUGCCCUUGAAUAUCGAAGAACAGAACCAUGCCAAUGUGAGCAUGGGCUUGAACCUAGGGCUGGUUGCUCGACACCCAUCGGUCUGACUCUUUGAUCUUAUUUUGUUAUAUGGUUUUUUCAACACGAAAAGGGAAAGUGAAAUCACCAUAUGUACUUCAAGAUCAAGGAAAAUGACCAUAGGUUACAUUCUUGUAAAGUAGUUUUUUUUUUUUUAAAACAGGUUAUUUAGCAAGUAGGUAUCCAGUUGAUGUUGUUGUAUAUAUUCAGAAGUUUGAAUCUUGUGAUUCUCCACUGGAAAAGUGAGUAUUGUUAAUAGCACAAUAAUAGUUUCCUGAA